CCGAGAUCCGGGCGCAUUUGAAGCGACGCGUCCCCGACAGCUGCGCGCAUUUUCUGGAGAUAAGCGCGCGGAGACUCGUUGACAGAACCGCACUGAAGCAGAGACGCACGGAUCGGGUCAGAACCACAUCUGGGUGUCGUUGGUGUUGGAUGUGUUUGAUUGAUCGCAGUUGAAGGCGGGACUCGACUCACUGGAGAGGCGGUUCAUUGGUCCCACGCUUAUCAUGGACGAGCCGAGUGACGGCCGUUUCGCACUGUUGUUGAUGUUCCUGUGUCACGUGAUCACUGCACUGGAGGUCCCUCUUGACCCAAAACUUCUGGAAGAAUUGACGCAGCCUCCCACCAUCACCCAUCAGUCUCCUAAAGAUUUCAUCAUAGAUCCACGGGAGAAUGUCAUCAUCCACUGUGAGGCCAAAGGCAAACCUCAUCCCAGAUUCUCAUGGACUAGGAAUGGGACUCAUUUCGACAUCGAGAAAGACCCCAAAGUCAUCAUGAAGCCUCAUUCUGGAACGCUCGUGAUUGACAUCAGCGGAGGAGAGAAAGCCGAGGCGUACGAGGGCGUUUAUCAGUGUACGGCUCGGAACGAGCUCGGGACCGCCGUCUCCAACAACAUCAUCAUCCGGCAGUCCAGAUCACCGCUGUGGUCCAAAGAGAGAGUGAAUCCAAUCAUCGCACAGGAAGGACAGUCAUUGGUUCUCCCCUGCCGGCCCCCCGCUGGGCUCCCCCCACCCAUCAUAUUCUGGAUGGACAACAAUUUCCAGCGACUGCCUCAGAGUCGGAGAGUUUCUCAGGGCCUGAAUGGAGACCUCUACUUCUCAAGUGUCCUGAUGGAAGAUUCCAGAAACGACUACAUCUGCUAUGCUCGAUUCCCGCACACGCAGACCAUCCAGCAGAAGCAGCCCAUAAACGUCCGCGUGUUGAACAUGGAUUCAAUCAAUGACACAAUGGAAGCUUAUUUCAAUGAUACAGAUUUGUUCGGUGAAAAAGCUGGCCAGGAGAGAGCCCCCACGUUUAUGGUACCGACUGACCCUAUCAGUUCUAAACUGGUUCUGAGAGGAGAUGUUUUAGAGAUGGAGUGUAUCGCAGAGGGCCUCCCCACUCCUGACAUCUCGUGGAAUAAAGUCAGCGGUGAGAUACCGAGCAUGCGCGCCUCCUUCCUGAACUACCACAAGACUCUGAGGAUAAAAGAUGUUUCAGAGGCGGACGCCGGAGAAUAUCGCUGCACUGCCUCCAACCACCACGGCACCGUCCAUCACAACAUCAGAGUGACUGUCAAAGCUGCUCCGUACUGGAUCAGUGCUCCCAGGAAUCUGGUUCUAGCUCCCGUGGAGACGGGCGUGAUCACCUGCCGGGCGGGAGGUCACCCCAAACCCAACAUCAGUUGGUUCAUGAACGGAGUCCCGAUAGAGAAUGCUCCUAAAGAUCCCAGCAGGACGGUUGAAGACGACACCAUCAUAUUUUCAGAGGUUCAGACUGGUUCCAGUGCCGUUUACCAGUGUAACGCGUCUAAUGAAUAUGGAUAUUUACUGUCCAAUGCCUUCAUCAAUGUACUUGCGGAGCCACCCAGAGUUCUGACUCCACCAAAUAAAGUUUACCAGGUCAUAAUAAACAAACCUGCGCUGCUGAAGUGUGCGACGUUCGGUUCUCCGAUCCCAGUGGUCACAUGGUUUAAAGAAAGCCGCUCCAGCACUUUAGAAGGCGACCCCUAUGUGUUCCACAAAAACGGAGCUCUGGAGAUUCACCUGUCUCAGAAACAGAACAGUGGAAAGUACACCUGCGUCGCCAGAAACUCGCUCGGCAUCUCAGAGAACCACGUGUACCUGGAGGUCAAAGAGCCCACGCGAAUCCUGAGACCACCAGAGUACAGAGUGGUCCAGCGGAACCGAGACGUUAUGUUUGGGUGUAAAGUAAGACACGACCCGUCUCUCGUGCCCACAGUGACGUGGCUUAAGGACAACGAAGAGCUUCCUGACGACGAGAGGUUCCGAGUGGAUUCAGACAGUCUGACCAUCACAGAUGUGACAGAGGAUGACGGUGGUCAGUACACGUGUAUCGUGAACACCACGCUGGACGAGGAUAUGGCCAGCGCUCGCCUCACUGUAGUUGAGACAACACCCACCCCUGCUGUAAUCUCCGAGCAGCCAGAUGCGCCCACCGAUCUAGAACUGACGGAUCCGGAAGCCAGAAGCGUGCAGUUGACGUGGACGCCCGGAGACGACCACAACAGCCCCAUCACGAAGUUCCUAAUUCAGUAUGAAGAUGGUCUUCAUCACGCUGGAGUGUGGCACAAUCUCACUGAGGUUCCUGAGAUGAAGACCACCGCUCAUCUAAAACUCUCGCCGUACGUCCACUACACUUUCAGAGUGCUGGCAGUCAAUGGCGUGGGUCACAGCCAUCCCAGCGCGCCCACCCGACAGUACAAAACCAACCCAGCAGCUCCUGAUGAGAACCCCAGUGAUGUCAAAGCCAUGGGCACGGAACACAACAAUCUGGUCAUAUCAUGGAAGCCCCUGACGCCUCUACAGUCAAACGGUCCUGGACUCCAAUAUAAAGUCAUGUGGCGUCAACAGGAUGCUGAGACAGACUGGACGUCUGUCACCGUGGCCAACGUCACCAAAUUUGUGGUGUCGGGGACGCCCACUUUCGUCCCCUACGAGGUGAAGGUUCAGGCUGUGAAUGCUGUGGAUCAUGGACCCAAACCUGCAGUCGUCAUCGGAUAUUCAGGCGAGGACUUUCCUUCAGCAGCGCCGGAUGACGUCCAGGUUAAAUUGGUGAACAGCACGCUGGCGGAGAUCCACUGGACCGCGGUUCCUCCUAAAUCUGUGCGAGGCCGACUUCAGGGGUACAAAAUUCAUUACCGUUGUGAGAGGAGUCGACACAGACACACCUCUCAUCACAACGACCAGAAGAUCGAGAUCUUCAGUCCUAAUAAAACCAGAGGAAGACUGCCGCACCUGCACCCGUACAGCAUCUACAGUCUUUACGUGACGGCGUUUAACGGGCGAGGAGAGGGUCCCGCCACAUCUAUCCAGCGCUUUGAGACCCCCGAGGAUGUUCCUGGUGUUCCAUCAUUCUUCCGGGUGGUGGGUUCAGAUUUGGAAUCGCUCACGUUGGAGUGGGGUCCACCUCACCAUAGGAACGGACAUCUUAUGGGAUACUCGCUCAAAUAUCAAACAGUGAAUAGCAGCAACGAUUUGGGUGUGCUCGAGGAGCUGGACCUCCCGUCCAAUCACAGCGGCGUAACUCUGCACAACCUCAAACACAGCACACGCUACAAGUUUUACUUCAGUGCCAAAACCCUGAAGGGCUCCGGACCCGCCCUUUCAGAGGAAGCCGUCACCAUUGUGCAUAAAGAAGCUCCAGCCUUUCCCCACUUCCCCCUGAGCUCACCGCGCUCCCCCCAGCAAAAGGCGCUGCCGGCCGCUCCUGCGUUUGGGAACCUUAGCUCGUCUCUGAGCGAGGACGGACCGCUAAUCAGUUGGGAGUACUGGGGCCCAGAAAAUCAUCUUUAUGUUGAAUAUAUUAUAGACAACAGUGAAGAAGACUGGCACAAAGAGAAGGUGAACGGAUCUCACUCUCAUGUUCUCAAGGGUUUGAGAGAAGGUUUGGCCUACAAGGUGCGUGUUGUGGCCAGAGAUCAUGACAACCGAACGCUCCAUCACUCUGAAGAGGUGUUGUUUAAGGUCCCAGCGAUGGUGAGUCCUCAGGUGGACAUUGCCACUCAGGGCUGGUUCAUCGGUCUGAUGUCUGCUAUCGCUUUACUCAUUCUCAUCCUGCUCAUCGUCUGCUUCAUCAAGAGAAACAAAGGCGGGAAAUAUCCAGUGAAGGAGAAAGAAGACGCUCACGGGGAUCCUGAGAUCCAGCCCAUGAAGGAAGACGAUUUAACAUUCUGCGAGUACAGUGACGAGGACCAUAAACCCUUAAAAGGGAGCCGAACGCCGUCCAGCGGAACUGUGAAGCGAGACGAUAGUGACGACAGUUUAGUUGACUACGCUGACUCUGGAGACACGCAGUUCAACGAGGACGGAUCUUUUAUAGGACAGUAUAGCGGGAAGUCUGAUCGGAGCGGGCCGCGCGGUCACGACAGCUCAGAGCCGCCGUCCCCUAUUAAUGCCAUGAAUUCGUUUGUGUAGGCGUGGGGCCCGUGACAUGGAUUUGGUUUUAAAUAUAAGAACUGUCUUAUAAGUGGAUCGGGAACGACUUUCAUGUAGGCCAGCCAACAUUUAAGCUAAAAUCAGUUUCAGCCAAUGCUAACACAAACAUAAAUUUAUAUAUAAAUAUAUAUAGAUGCAUGAAGAAAAUAUUCUAUUACUGCAGAUAGCACAGAGAAAUAAGAACAGGAAAUCUGAAAAUAAUAAAAUGAUUUUCAAGUAUUAUAUUGGUGUUACUGUACAGGCAGAAUGCUCUACGAGCACAUUCAGGACACUUGCAGUUUUUAUCGUGUGAUUAUAAUAACUAGUAUUAUAGUUUUUUUUCACAACAAUUCUUAAAGAUGCCCAUUUGCCUUCUGUAGUGAAAAUAAAUCCUGUCAGAGAUUCUGAUAAAUGUAUGCAGGUUUCUCACCUGUCACCUGUAGCAUGAACUGCAGACAGCAUCAUUCUGACCUGCAUGUGAACUUGAAGCGUUUCCAUAGCAACCCUAACCUGCUCACAUCAGACCUCUCGCGUGCUCCGCAGUGGUCGACGCUUUGAGGGGUUCUGUGCCUUUGCUGUGAAAAUCACCCCAAUCUAAAUCCAUCACACGCUUUUCUCCCUGUAGGCAAAGUAUUAGAUUGAAGUAAAAAAAGAUCUCAUCUGAAUUCUGCCAAUCCAGUCCAGUUUCAUGCUCAAUUGAAGAAAUGGGACUAAAAGUCGCCUGAGAAUUUCACCCCAGAAUAAACAGCAGAAAUUGAAUUGUCAAAAUCAAUUUUUUGAACGACCCCCGUUAUUUUAACUGUCCAGACAUGACGAUUUAAAUAACAAAACAUCAGCAUAAAUUGAAUCAAGUACAACAAACAAUACCACCGUGUAUAAAUGCUUAAAAUAUAAUCUCAUAUAAUCCUUUUUGUCGGAGUGAAAGGAUUGUGGUGGGCUAAUUGUCAUUAAAUAACGCCACAUCUUAAUGCCACAGAAAAUAUAUAAUUUUGUAUUAUAUUUAAUUUUCUGUUUGAUUUUAGGGUGAAAUUUGACAUUUUUGAGAUUCUCUAUAAAUUGCCUGUGUGAAUGUGUGUGUGUGAGAGAGAGAGUUUGUUUUUUCUUAACUUGCAUCAAGUUUGAAUUUCAAAUGUCACUUUUUUGUGUAAAGAUUUUGGUACCUUUGUAAAUAAAUGAAGAGUUGGUUUGGUUUAAGCGCAGGAGGUUCAGUCGAUAUGUGUUUUAUUGAAAGUAAACAUGUGAUUGUUUGUUGUGCUCAUUUUUUAUUUUGGUGUAAUUAUUGUUUAUUUUGACGGUCAUUUUAUUCUCAUAUUUACAACAGUGUCUCUUGUGUUUUAUUGACUUAUGUGAUUCAAGUCUGCAGGUUAAUUGCAAUACAAUACUCAUAUACCAGGACUGUAUAUCUCUGCUAUUUAUGAUCAUUCUAGGAUAUCGCAUUAUAUAAUGCAACAGCUAUUCGAAGAUUUUCUCUUUGCAAAUAGGUAUUCUUAAAGGAUUUUAUACUCUCAUUAAUCACAAGUGUUCAAGCUUCAGGAUUUACUAACUACAUGAGUUGUUUCACUGGAAAUGUUGGAGAUUUCAGCCAAUCUCAAUAUAAUAUUGAUAAUAUUCAAUAAAUACAUGAAAUGAUUAUGUA